CAGUUUGACCAAUUCGACCAGGCCUGUUUCCUUGACUGGGCUUUCUUUCCUUUUUCCUCUGUCUGUAUCCCCUAUUCUAAUUGAUCAUUGUUGGCCUCCUGCGCCCUGCAUCUUAACGCCUGUCAACUUGUCCACUUCCGACUCCCCUUUCCAUCUCUGUCACUCCAUGUCGAAUCAAACCGCUGGAACCGGUGGGCCGUCAUUCCCUUUCUGCAGACAAAAGCCAUAUGAGUACUCGGGCACGGUACUGUACAGUAAAGUGCCAGUACACGGCUGCGCGCCGGGACCGAUGCACAAGGGACUCCAGUAACUACAGUAACCCCUCCUCAGUCAGUCAUCCAAUUCAAACUAAGCAAGCAAUCAGCUCAGAAUGGGCCACCUUCCUAAUACGCGAAUACAUCAUACCGGCACAAUAGGAUACAAUGAGAGUUAACGGUGAUCGUUGUUUAUUUCUUGUUGUUGGCCGAAGAGGGGAGGGUGGGAGGGAAAGGCAUUUACCGUAUCUUACCCCACAUUCAGUCUGCCCUCGAAGAUGGUUGCCAGUGGGGUUCUAGGCAAGUGUCGCACAUAAAAGGGAUCAUAACAACACAAUGUGCCAAGUACGAGUACCGGUACACGAGCACAGUCCUGUACCGUACAGCACUAGUGUUCGAGUCCGGUAUUCUCCUCAUGUGCCUUCGAUCCCUACAGCGGUACCGGCAGAGCACCGCUACACAUCGCCUCUGCACAACACGCACCGACUGUGCGUGUGCUAGUACUCGAGUAUUGUUUUGAUUCUUUACAAGAGUCCUUCAGCCUAAUUUUACCAUAUACUUUCUUUUUCCUCAAUCACAUUCUUUAUCCAUCAGGAUUAGCUUGCUUCACCCAUCCCGGUAUGUGGCCGUAGCUCGGGCAACCAGACUCCUGAAGCAGGUACGGCACAGCAGUGCAGUACGAGUAUCACCACCUACCAACACGGCGUCAAUCAAGCACGAACAGCUGCGGUCUGUAGGCCUCACAGACCCACCAAGCAUAACUAACCUUUACAAGUAUCUCGCGCAAAAGGGCAUCUCCCCGAGAACCGCUAUUCAUCCACCAGCCAUGGCUACCAACUCACAGCCACUAUCAAGCUACCAAACUGCCUAUUCACCCGCUGCCUCAUCACCUGCCAGCCAGGUCGGGCAAGGCGCAACAAUUAUACUCCUCGGUGCUCCGGCUUGCUCAGCAAUACUCCGUACGAGAUCGCCCAGGCUCCUCAAAGAUACCGAACUGUUGGAUGCUUUCCGGGAUCGGGGUAGUACUUGUAGUGGAGCUAGUGGUGGCGGCGGUGAUGUUGUCCCCACGCCGACCACAGUCCCCUCAGCAACAAGCGAGCAUGCAGCCUGGCGGAUACUCCCGGUGAAGAGGAAACGGCUGCCAACUGGCCUCUCCCAAAAUCCGGAUCCGCACACACCAAUCAUUCCACUAGCCGGACCUUGCGACGAAACAUCAUCCACUGAAUAUUCAUCCUCCUCUCCCGCUCCAUCCAGCAACGAAGACCUCGCCCGUUCCUUUGCUGUUCAUAACGUUCCAUCCUCCCCAGUGCAUACUUCAACUACGACCUCGGUUAAUACCUCCAUCACCACUACCACGGAUGACUCCUUCGCGUCGUUCACCAGUGAUGCCGCCCCGAACUCUUGCAUUCCAGCACUGCCGCCUAUCGGAAUGCUCACAGACUUACGGAGCCUUCCUAAUGCUCGGUACUUGACCUCAAUACAACCGCAAACAAUGUCGAUAUCUACAAUUGUGGGAAUAAUCUCCAUCUCCCCUGUCCGGAAUAUAGUGACCAGGAGGUUCCACAAACCCUUAAUGCUCCAAACACUCUUGGUGGGGGAUGAGACCGCCGCCGGGUUCAAGAUCGACAUUUGGUUUCCUCUCACAUCCGCUACCCCAGCCAGCAGGGCCUUCAAAGAGACGGUCGACUCCCUCCGUCUUCAGGAUGUCAUUCUUAUUGAAAACCUGGCUUUGGGUGUUUGGAAUGGUAAAGUCAACGGGGCCACGUUAAGGAAAGACCGCACGCACAUUAAGCUAGCUUACAGACUUAACCGGUUCGGAUCACGAGAGCGAAGAAAGUGGGGCAACGUCAAUCUGCAGAGUGGGGAUGAGGAUCUUGGACUAGAGAGGAUCAGGAGGGUCGCGGAGUGGGCGGAGAAUUUCGUUGAUCCUGGGAGGGCAAGAAGAAAUAAGAAGCUGAGAGAAGACGGGAGAGAGAAGGAAGAGGAGUGUGUCCUCGAGGAUUGCGAAGAAGAGGACACACAGUUACCAGACGAUACCCAGUAUUGAUAAACGGGGCAACCAGGUUCGUUUGGAUGAAUAUGCCACCGCUAGCUGGGCUUGGAAAGGCACACAGAUCACCCACAGAGUGGCCCAUUAUGGCUACCAGAAUAAAUGAUUGCGAGAGGCUGCCGAUAACAGGAUGCUUUCGGGAAAGGCGCAAUUGUAGGUUCAGCCACACAUAAUCCAUAGCAGUGGCACAAUAGCUUCUCUCGUAUCGCCUUGCGGGAACGCGAAGGUGGCGUGAGGUGAAGGUUGGGGAUAUGGAUUGAAAAAUCACCAGGCCUCCUGCUUGUAGUUUACAGUGUAACAAUACCGGUACUGUAAUACAAACGAUCAUUAGAAAAAUGUGCCCGUCGGGACCCCAUGCCAUAGCCUAGCGGUUGCGCACAGAAAUUGUACCUUCCAACAAUUGGAAGACCUGAUAAAAAAAUACAAACACAUACCCAGCCCACCGUCCAUAAUUACCUCUCAAUAUCAUACCCAAACCGACAAUGGGGCAAGUGCCGGCAGUGAUAAUCUGACCUUGUCAUAGGGCACCCAGCCCUAGCGCCAUGAUCCAGUGCAUCAUCUCCCCACCCAGACGCGGUACAGCUGUAGAGUACCCCGUCUUCCCCCAUCUGCAACACGCCAAAAACUCCCUCGUAGUGCAGGAAGGACUUCUACGGUAUUCACCUUACCCAUGAUACCAAGUAGGGUAGAAGCACCCAGUUCCACUAUCGGCCCCGGCAUCCCAAAUCCAUAAACCCCCACCUUAACUCGCAGGCAGCAAUCACGGCGAGCUCACCUUUCCUCU